UAAUCAAAAAUGUAGUCAGCGAAAUGGAAACAAAGUUGUGCCCCCAAUUUAUUAAAUUCGUGCCCGACAAUCUUUCGGAAUGCACGAAAUCGUUUGUUGAAAAAUACAAAAUUCCUGGAGUUAUUGGAUGUAUUGAUGGCACGCACUUUGGGCUGCAAAAACCAACGGUAAAUGAGCACAUGUUCUUCAACAGGAAAGGAUACCAUAGCCUCAACUCAAUGAUAAUAUGUGACCAUGAAUACCGCAUUUUAGCCAUUGACUCAAAGUAUGGUGGAGCCGCACACGAUUCCUUUGUGUGGAAGCAUUCGGCACAAGGUUUUUGGAGGAGCAAUUUAACCAAAAUAACGUCAAAAAUGUUUGGCUUUUAG